UUUGGAUGACUAAAUUUUGAAGCCUUAACUUGUUUCCAUUGGUGUGGAGCUCUUGGAGUUCUAAUUCAACUUGGUGGGAAUACAUGUUGGUUUUGGUUGUGAUCAUCAUAAAAUGUGAUGCACUGCUUUAUCAUUGUUGGCUUGUAAUUGCUCGUUAUUUGCUUAUUCAAAUUGCUAAAAAUGAUCCCACAACUUCUUUUUCUGUCUUUGUCAGAGAUGAGUCAGAGCUUAUUGAAAGAAUUGUGAAGGAGAUCUCCACUCUUCUAGACCGAACACCUUUGCAUGUUGCUAAGCAUCCGAUUGGGAUUAAUUCUCGAGUGGUUAAGCUAAAAUCCAUGUUAAACGUUGAGUCUGAUGAUGGUGUUUUUAUGAUGGGAUUAUGGGGAAAGGGAGGCAUAGGAAAGACAAGUUUAGCUAAAGCCAUUUAUAAUGAUAUUUUCAGACAAUUUGAAGGUUCAGCUUUUUUGGCAAAUGUUAGAGAAACUUCCAAAGGUUGCAGGGAUUUAGUUGCUUUGCAAGAAAAAUUACUAUUGGAGAUAUUAAUAUUGAAACAAAGAUUAGUAGUGUCCAAUGUCGAUGCAGGUACUAAUCUAGUACGGGAUAGACUUUGUUGCAAAAAAGUUCUCCUUAUCCUUGAUGAUGUGGACGACUUGCGUCAAUUAAAUGCUUUAGCAGGAGAAGGCAAGUGGUUUGGUAAUGGAAGUAGGAUCAUCAUUACUACAAGAGAUAAACAUUUGCUAACUUGUCAUGGGAUAGAUCAAGAUCAUGUGUACGAAGUUAAAGCAUUGGAGGACAAUGAAGCUCGUGAGCUGCUUAGUAAGCAUGUUUUUCAGACACAUCAAAAACUAAAAAUCAGGACAGAUCUAGUGGAUAGUGUUUUGAAUUAUGCCGAAGGCCUUCCUUUAGCAAUUGAGGUACUAGGUUCCUUCUUAUGUGGUAGAAGAGAACAUGAAUGGAAAAGUACACUAAAGAAGUUUUCUAAGAUUCCUCACAAAACUAUUAAUAAUGUGCUCAAAAUAAGUUAUGAUGGACUAGAGGAUAAUGAGAAAGAGAUUUUUCUCCACAUUGCUUGCUUCUUUAAGGGGUAGGAUAGUGAGUACAUAAAGAGAGUUAUUGAUAGUUG